AUGUACGAUGUUCCAAUCUGUGUCAUAAUUCUUUAUAGUAUAGCAGCAUUCAUUAUCGUGUUUGGUAUAGCCUGGAUAAGAUUAAUUAAAGGUGUUGGUGAAAUUGAAGGCGUAAUUGUAGGAAAAAUAAAGUUCGAACAAACGUCCACACUUGCAAUUAUAGUUAUUAGUUCUCAUAUAACUUCGGACCUAUCGGAACUACGACUUUUAUCUGGAGGAUUUUUGAAUUCUUUUCUAAUUCUUUAUACUCCUUUUAUACAGAUGAUAAAUAUGGAUCUUAAAUUAUUUGAAAGAUGCACAUUUUUACUUUGGAAGAAAAAUCACAAAUCUUUGAUAACAUUUUUAAUGUUUAUCCUUUGUGCCGAUGUUACAGAAGAUAUAGAAAAAAAUGAAAGAUUAUGUGCAAACUCACAAUUUCUAAGGUUUUAUUUAUUUGUUAAAUAUGGUGGUGAAACACAACUUGAGAUAAAAAAAUCUCGUAUAGGAUCAAAGCUCAAAAUUAAAGACACCGAUGGUGAUGACGAUGGCAAUGUCAAAAAUGACUAUAACAGUCAACUUACGAAUGAAGUAAAGAAAGAGCAGAAAGACUUUGAAGCUUAUAAUUGA